AUGAAGCCUCAUCAGGUCCUCUUCCUCGUCGCGCCCCUGGGCCAUCUUGCCGCCGCCGCCGAUGACGACAACGGCUCCCAGCCGCAACAAGUCCAGGUCUACACCGACGACACGCACAAGUACACCUACCACGGCUGCUACAACGAGACGACCCUCGCCGAGGGCUCCGCCGGCACGCGCGCCCUCGCCGGUGGCUCCAGCGACGUCCAGCCCGACACCAUGACGGUGCCCGCGUGCCUCGCCUUCUGCCAGUCCGGCGACACAAAGUACCGCUACGCCGGCGUCGAAUGGUCCAGAGAGUGCUGGUGCGCGGAAAACAUUGCGGGCAUCGCGCAGAAGCUCGACGACAAAGAGUGCAACUUUCCCUGCGCGGGCAACAAGACCCAGGCGUGCGGCGGGCAGCUCAAGCUCAACGUGUACCGCAUGUCGUCUGCGCCGCGCAACCUGCUCGCGCAUGGUGUGGGCGCUGCCAUGACGCUCCUAAUCAUCUAUAUGGGGGUGCUUUUCUGA